AUGGCCCAACCUUCCUCUCAGGCAAGCUUUACGGUGAGACGGCAGGAGCCUCGGCUGAUUCUGCCUGCGAAACCAACUCCAAGUGAAGUAAAACAACUCUCUGAUUUAGAUGAUCAGGAAGGCCUUCGUUUCCAUAUGCCUUUUAUAGCAUUCUUUCGUAAUACUAAUAAGAAAGGUGGGAAUGAGACCUACCCUGACCCUGUGAAGGUCAUUAGAGAUGCACUAGCUCAUGCACUGGUGUAUUACUAUCCAUUAGCUGGUAGGCUCAAGGAAGGGGAUAGCAGGAAGCUUAUGGUGGAUUGUACAGGGGAAUUAGGGGUCUUGUUUAUUGAAGCUGUUGCAGACAUCACCCUUGAACAUCUUGGAGAUGCAAUUCAGCCACCUUGUCCUUACCUUGAACAUUUUCUUUAUGAUAUUCCAGGCUCAUCAGGUAUCAUCGGGUGCCCUUUGAUGCUGAUUCAGGUGACCAGACUGACAUGUGGAGGAUUCAUCGUUGCAACACGAGUGAAUCACACCAUUACUGAUGCACUUGGGAUAUUCUAUUUCUUGAACACAAUUGGAGAAAUAGCAAGAGGUGCCAAUGAACCAUCUUAUCGCCCUGUAUGGAAACGAGAGAUCUUGAAUGCACGAGACCCUCCUCGAGUAACAUGCGUCCACCGUGAGUAUGACACCACUGUUGGCACCGGAGCAACCAUGGACACCCACGCCGACUUGAUCGAUAAAUCCUUCUUCUUUGGCUUCCAAGAGAUCAAUUGCAUUAGAAAACACCUUCCUUCUCACCUUCAAUCAAGUUCCACGUUUGAGGUACUCAUAGCUUGUAUAUGGAAAUGUCGCACAAUUGCAACUGAGCACAAACCUAACGAGAUGCUUCGUGUAUCAUACAUGGUCGGCGCGGGCGGUAAGCGAGGCAUAAAACUGCCUCCUGGAUACUAUGGUAAUGCAUAUGCCAUGCCGUCUGCAAUUUCCAAAGCUGAACUAGUGUGUAAGAACCCAUUAGGUUAUGCACUUGAGCUGGUCAGAAAGAUUAAGACCCAAAUGUCAGAAGAGUAUAUGCGUUCAGUAGCGGACUACAUGGUGAUCAAGGGACGACCUCAUUAUUCAACAGCUGGGCACUUCAUAGUCGCAGAUUCAUCGCGUGUCCCAUUUAGAGAAAUUGAUUUUGGGUGGGGAAAACCUGUGUACGCUGGUGUAGCUAAAGCUGCUCCAAACACGAGUUUCUGUGUGCGGUUCAAAAAGAGCACAGGAGAGGAUGGGAUUCUGAUACAAGUGUCUUUGCCAUUGCAAGCCAUGGAUAGGUUUGAAAAGGAGUUGGCAAAAUUUACUGGGGAACGGCCUAUGCAUGUUACAGGUGACAAGAAGCAUGCAAUCAUCAUAUCCAUGCUUUGA